AUGGCAUCAUUCAAAGUUAUCUCAAGUAUUCUUCUCAUAACAUUUGUCGCUCAUGUCUCAUCAUCACCUGCUGACAGUGCAUUACGUGCAGUGAAAAAAAUUUAUAAUGUAUGUGAAAACAGUGAUGAACUUUUAAAGUGCAUGAAAGUCCAAGCAUUAAAACUCACCGAACGUGCCCUUAAGUUGCCAAACAUUAAAAUUACUGAUGGAUUAUCAAUUGUGAGAAAAGACGGUGAUGAUGUUGAUACUGAAAAUGCAGGACGUUCUAGUGGAUUGGUCGAAUUUGACAGUGAAGAAACAAUGAAUUUGCCAUCGGAAAAAAUUGAUGCCAUGCUUGUAAAAGGAAUUAAUAAAUUUAUGGAUACACAUCAAGUUGCUGUUAAUGUUCCACGUCUUCUUGCAUCAAGUGAAACACCAAGAUUAGUUGAAGAAGGACGUAAGAAGAUGAAGAAAUAUUUGGGACCAUUUAUUGCAGCUAUGGCCAUUAAAGGAGGUAUUUUAACCAUGGUUUAUCACUCAAUUGCCAUCGUUGCUGGAAAAGCCUUAAUUAUUGGUAAAAUUGCACUUGUCAUCAGUGCCAUUAUUGGAUUGAAGAAAUUGGUUACACCAGAAGGACAUGAGAAGACAACAUACGAGAUUGUUAAGCAUCCACAUGUCCAAAACAGUCACACAUAUUCCUCAUCACAUGGAGGAGGAGAUUAUGAUGGACAUGAGAACCAAUAUCACAGAAGCUUAGGUGAUGAUGUCGAUAUGCUUAUGCAAGACAGAGCUUACCGUGGACAUACACACUAA